CGGUGUUCUAGUUCUACAGGUGUUUUGUUUCAAAAAAAUGCGUCGCUUCCACCUCUUGUCCCUUGCCCUGCUCGUGCCGGUCACCGCUAAACUGAAGCUGAAGAAGAAUGUUGUUCCCAUUACCACGGGUAAGGUCUACCCGGACGCCAUGGCAGCGUGCUGUGCCUGCUUUAAGGUGAAGUACUCGUUUCCAGAAAACGGCGGGUUCGCGCCGACCUUCGCCUUGAAGCACACCUGCAACACGUGCUAUGUCGCCGACCGGUAUGGGACCGAUGCGAAGGAGGAAGAGACCUUUGACGUCCCAGCGGGGCACGCGAAAACCGAGGAGGGUUACGAACAGACCAAGGCGUAUGGAAGUGUCAGGAUCGAAAUCGUCAAAGUUGAAAAAAAUUGUAAUGCAUAAAAUGCGACCGAAAAAGUGGCUGGAUUGCAGAGGACGCAAGGGGGCCAGAUUAUAGUCCUGCUAAGGGUCAGGAGUUGGGCUGCUGACUAGCAUGACAGAGAGGAGCUUCUUUGCCCUAAAACGCAUGACAGGUUCAGUUCCAGGACAGGGCAAAUUUGUCAUGCGCCGACUACAGACUGUGGGUCUAACUGGCAUCGAUUUUACGCAUCACAAAUUUUUCGACUUUUUCGAUUUCGAUCCUGACACUCCUAUAAGGCGGAAGUGAAGGCCAUCCACGAGUGGAACUGGAACUGCGCCGAGGGCAAGGCUCCGGAGGAUGAGGCGCAGUUCGCCGCUGGUAUAGUUUGUUCUUUCGGGAUUGUUUGCCUGCACAGGCUGUCAUAUGGAGUUAAAAAUUCGCCUGAAGGAAUGGAGUGUGCGCGUGAUGGGUGCCUAAAGUGGAUGCGUACUUGGGUAUAAUCUUAAUUUCUAAAUUCUUGCCUUUCUUGUAUCAGGUCCGGUCCCCGGGGAGCCGUCUGCCCGGUCGAGCUUCUUGAUGUGCAAGGAGGAUUAUGCAUUGCAAAUAUGUCUCGGUCUGCAAAUAUGGAACUUGUAAUGCUAGUCCUACACUCCUGUAAAAUCUGUAUUGCAUGACGAUUAGCAAGAGGAUGCCCCUUUUUGUAAAAUACAAAAGGCCUGUCUCUCAUGCGGACUGCGCAUGAGGAAGUGCUCUGCAAACUUGUCAUGCUUGGCUGCAUUGGGAAGUAUUUCAGUCUCGCCAAUUCAGCAUGACAUGCUUUCAGACCCAGACGUAUUUGCAUUUGAUAAGGACCCGGGCUGGUACUGCGCCAUGGAGGGUGGACCGGACAUGAAGAAGCCGGCGGGUGUAUCCUGAGUAAAAACGUCCCCACAACAGAGUUGUCAUGCAAUUCUGCAUGCCAAAAAAGUUUCUCAUGCGGAGCCCUAUGAGAAGCAUUUUCUAUUCGUGUUUUAGAAUUUGUGAUGCUAGAAUCAGUAUGGUAGGCUAGAUCUGUAAUGCUUCUGAACUAGCUAAACAGGAUUACACUACGAGGACAAAGUUGUCAUGCGAAACAACCAAAGUUGGCCGAUUUGUCUAGCAGAUUUCCCAUGUUGACUCUGGUAUGGGGAAGCUUUUACUCAGGAUAGGGUGUAGGAUCUUGAAGAAAUCCCUUGAUCCUGCUUCAUCAUUUGCAGGCCAUCCGCUGCAAAACGAAAAGGUUCACAGGUGCAGCCUCUGCAACACAAAUACUUUCAUUCAUAGUACUCAUUUGAACCCCUGUAUUUCUGAUAAUUGUGCAGCUCCAUUCGGAGCUUGUCAUGCGAAAGCUUCGAUAAAAGAAUGCUGAUUUUCCUUAGCAUUUUGCACCAGAGAUGAGCGGGUGGGAUUUGUUCCCUUUCAUAUUCGGAUGGUGAGGUGGAGAAGCUGGAUGAGGACACCGGGUCGGACACCUUGGUCGAGACCAUGAGCAUGCCGGAGAUUGGCGCCGAGUAGAGUAGUUCAGACAACAUCAACUUUUCGAAUUCUCUUUCUGCAAGUCUUACUGUAAAAAAUGCACCUGUACUCAAGGAAAACUAAAAAGGUAAAGGCAGAAGAACAAAGUAUACUUCUGCGGUCCAUCUGCCUAGACGCGCUGUCAAUAAAACUCAACUCUCCUACUUUUUUUUUGUCGCACUAUCAAUUGCGCUUGUCUACUUUAGGUGAUCUCCUGUUUCCCGUGCAAAGAUGUUUUUUAUUGUACCAGUUACCAGCGAAUUUGAAAGUAAAGUUCAUCUCAUAAUACGUUUCAAACUUUUACCAGCGAUUUUUCUUUAUGUAAAUUUACCAGCGAUUUUUCUUUUUACGUUUACCAGCGAUAGCAUUUCAAACUUUUACCAGCGAUUUCAAAAAUGUCAGAGAACCAGCACGGCACGGGAAAAACUAACGUUUCAAUGAAGCGCGCAAAGAGAGAAGAUUGAGUAAAACGCAGCGUGCCUGGCUACACAGGAGAGUUCUGAUGGUAGGAUACGAGUGCGUUUGAAAAUUUUGUCUGUAAGAUCUGAUCUUGAUAAUUACGCUUUCGAACGGCAGAUUCCAUCGAGAAAAGCGUUGGUUUCUGUUCCGCUUCUGCCCGUGUCCGGUUCGGC